AAAGUUCAAAAUUAUAUUGACACUUUAUAUACUAAUAUGAGUUUUGGAAUCAUAUUUACUGAUGGACAAAAUAUUCAAAUACAAAUGGGCUUCUGUUCAUUUCAACAAGUUUCUACCGCCAUUUGUUCACCAGCUUGUGCAAAUGAUGGUAUAUGUUUGAAGUCAGGAAUAUGUAUAUGUUCAUCAGAAUGGAAAGGUUCAGAUUGUAAAAUACCUAUCUGCCAACAAUGCUCAAGUAAUGGUAAUUGUACAUCACCAGGUACCUGCGAGUGUCAUGCAGGCUGGCAGGGUAUCGAUUGCAAACUCCCUGUUUGCCAACAAUGUUCGAGUAAUGGUAACUGUACAGCACCAGGGAUCUGUGAAUGUAGUGUGGGCUGGCAGAACUCUGACUGUAAAACUCCUGUUUGUCAAAAUUGUUCAGGCAAUGGUAAUUGUACAAGUCCAGGAAUUUGCACAUGCAAAUCUGGUUGGACGGGCGAAGAUUGUACAAUCCCCAUUUGUGAACACUGUUCAAGUAAUGGAAACUGCACAGCACCAGAUAUCUGUAGCUGUCAGUCGGGUUGGCAAGGAACGGACUGUACACAACCUAUAUGUCAACAAUGCUCAAGUAAUGGUAACUGCACGAGACCUGGAACUUGCACGUGUGGUUUAGGCUGGACAGGCUCAGACUGUACAAUCCCUAUUUGUCAACAAUGUUCCACCAACGGUAAUUGUACGGCGCCAGGCAUCUGCACAUGUAAUUCGGGCUGGCAAGGAUCCGACUGUGCAUCACCGAUUUGUCAAAGUUGUUCAGGCAAUGGUAAUUGCACUGGUCCGGGACUUUGUGCGUGUAAAUCUGGUUGGAUGGGCAACGAUUGCUCACUUCCUAUUUGUCAACAAUGUUCUACUAAUGGUAAUUGUACGGCACCAGGCGUCUGCACAUGUAGUUCGAGCUGGCAAGGUUCUGAUUGUUCAACACCAAUUUGUCAACAAUGCUCAAGUAACGGAAAAUGUGUAUCACCGAACCAAUGCAGCUGUAAUAGUGGUUGGCAAGGCUCUGACUGUAACACGCCUAUAUGCCAACAAUGUUCCGCCAACGGUAAUUGUACGGCACCAGGCGUCUGCACAUGUGAUUCGGGCUGGCAAGGAUCAAACUGUGCAUCACCUUUUUGUCAAAAUUGUUCCAUCAAUGGUAAUUGUACUAGUCCAGGACUUUGUACAUGCAAAACGGGUUGGAUGGGCAACGAUUGCUCACUUCCUAUUUGUCAACAAUGUUCGAAUAAUGGUGCGUGCACAGGACCUGGAGUCUGUACAUGCAAUUCGGGCUGGCAAGGUUCCGACUGUUCUACACCUAUUUGCCAACAAUGCUCUAGCAACGGUCAUUGUACGGUACCAGGCAUCUGCACAUGUAAUUCGGGCUGGCAGGGAUCAAACUGUGCAUCACCUAUUUGUCAAAGUUGUUCAAGCAAUGGUAAUUGUACUGGUCCAGGAGUAUGUACAUGCAAGACAGGUUGGAUGGGCAACGAUUGCUCACUUCCUAUUUGUCAACAAUGCUCAGGUAAUGGUGCGUGCACAGGACCUGGAGUCUGUACAUGUAAUUCGGGUUGGCAAGGUUCUGAUUGUGCAACACCAAUUUGUCAACAAUGCUCAAGCAACGGAAGAUGUGUAUCGCCAAACCAAUGCAGCUGUAAUAGUGGUUGGCAAGGUUCUAGCUGCAAUACACCUAUUUGCCAAAGCUGUUCAAGCAAUGGUGUUUGUACUAGUCCGGGAAUUUGUACAUGCAAAUCCGGUUGGAUAGGCGAAGGUUGUACAACACCCAUUUGUCAACAAUGUUCGAAUAAUGGUGCUUGCACAGGACCUGGAGUGUCUAUUUGUCAAGUCCCUUGUAGAAACGGUGGUCAAUGUAUCAAUCCCGGUGUGUGUUCAUGUUUAUCAGAAUGGUCUGGUUCAGAUUGUGGACACAGACAAGGAAUAACAUUGAUGACAUAUCGAAAGAAUUUAUUUUUUAUUUUAGAACAUAACGGCGGUGGUUGUUAUUAUGGCCAAGAUAAAGUAAAUCUCAUAGGUGGUGGACAACGUUCUAUUGAAGAAUUAAAAGUGGGAGAUCGGAUUUGGUCACUUAAUUCAAAUGGAGAUACAUUCAUAGAAGAUGAAAUUAUUUUAAUGAUGCACAAUGAACCAAAUAAACCAGAAAUAUUCUAUACAAUGGAAACAAUUGAUGGACAUUAUAUUAGUCUUACAAAAUCUCAUAAUAUACCUGUGUAUGAUCAAGAAAAAAAUCAAAUCAAAUUUUUACGUGCUUCAAAAGUAACAUUACGACAUCGUUUAUUUAUAUUCAAUCAAAAAAUCGAAAUAAAAAAUAUUACAACUAGUCCACGUGUUGGAUUCUUUUCACCACUGACUUUAAGUGGAUAUUUAUUUGUUAAUAAUAUAUCAACCUCUGUUUUUGCAGACAGUUAUGGAGUAUCACCAAAUACUCUUCAACGAUUCUUUACACCCAUUCGUGUUUAUUAUCGUUUAAUGCGAUGGUAUUAUGGUGAUGAUUAUGAUCCAUUUGAAACCAAGAUGACAGAAGGUUUACAUCCUUCAAUUCAUUUCUUAAAACAACAUACUAUUAUGUUCAAACUUAUCUAUUUUGGCAUUCAAUACAUGUUUUUAACAUUGUUCAGCAUUUAUAUUUUAUAUUAUUUCAAAGCAUUUUCUCAUAUAUAUUCCAUUCGUAUAUUCAAAUAA